UUAGAAAGAGAUAUAGGGGAAGUUCCAGUGGAAGCGGGUGCGGCGCUGAGUCCGGUGCGGAUCUGACAAGAUCAAAGCUGCAGGAGAAUGGACAGUGAGGUACAGAGAGAUGGAAGGAUCUUGGAUUUGAUUGACGAUGCUUGGCGAGAAGACAAGCUGCCAUAUGAGGAUGUUGCAAUACCACUGAAUGAGCUUCCUGAACCUGAACAGGACAACGGUGGCACCACAGAAUCUGUUAAAGAACAAGAAAUGAAGUGGACUGACUUGGCCUUACAGUAUCUCCAUGAGAAUAUUCCCCCUAUAGGAAAGUAACACCUGGCUCCUUUUUCCUGUACAUAUUUUUGAAAAAUA